GAGCAUUGGGGGAUGACAUCAGUUGCUUGGGAAUCAUUCCGUGGCCCCCACAUCGGAUCAGAUCACGAUGCACCAUCCAUGUCGAUUCCAAGCGCAUCAUCGCCACAACUAUUCUCUCGACUUGACUAUUUUGUACCGGCUCCAACGCCGCUUUCUACGUUGUCUAGGAAUUGGAUUCACAAUCACCUUCCUGAAAAAGCGGCUAAGCUCCGAAAAUGCCAAUGCUAAGGUCCUUCGCCCAGCAAUUGAACCCGGUGGGGUUGGACUAUCCUAGAUGAGACAACGAGUCCCGCACAAAAGAGUCCGGGGAUUGUACAGUCGAAUGCCAAUAGUUGCCAUCUUGGGUGGUUAUCCAAAUGCCCGGAUGGUGGUAUAAAUACAAAGCCGGAGUGACGUCCGUCCGACCUGAACUCGAUUGACAAUGUCGUUACUGCUUGAGUCCGUUUUCUUGUCCCGUCACUAGCAAGCGUUGUAACAAUGAAGGGGGCACGUUCAAUUGCACUGAUAUCGUUGCUUGCCCAAGCGAACGCAUGUAUACGCGAGAAAAAUCUUUUGGAGAGAGGCCGAACACUCUCAAGGCGACAAGCUCCUCAUGCGCCAUUCCCGCCGGUGUUGUCAGAAACCGAAUCGAUUCUGUCCAACUCGUUCGACAGUACGUCGCUCUCUGAAUGGAGCCACUAUUAUACUCAUGGGUUGCACAUUGCCGGCACCAAUAAGAGCCAGGCGCAAUGGACAGCAGAUCGCUGGGCUGAGAACGGAUUCACGGCCUCCCUGGCAGAAUAUAUUGUGUAUCUGAACUACCCAGUGUCAAACUCGCUCACACUUACUUACGGAAAUGGGUCCGUGUUUCAUCCCAAGUUGAAAGAAGAUGUACUGGCAGAAGAUUCGGUAACGGGCUCCCCAGAUUCGGCCCCCGUGUUCCACGGAUAUUCAGCUACUGGAAAUGCCUCGGCGGAAUAUGUCUACGUCGGUAGAGGACAACAAGUGGACUUUGACCGUCUCGUCGCCCUUGGAGUCCCGCUGGAAGGCAAAAUUGCUCUUGCAAGGUAUGGAGGGCCUUUCCGAGGAUUGAAAGUUAAGAAUGCCCAAGACUACGGAAUGAUCGGAGCAGUCAUAUUCACCGACACUGCCGAUGACGGCAAUGUGACUGAAGCAAACGGCUAUGCCGCAUAUCCAGAGGGACCCGCAAGAAAUCCUACGUCUGCCCAACGAGGCUCUGUGCAAUUCCUCUCUACCUAUCCAGGAGACCCAACGACCCCUGGAUAUCCAUCAAAGGAAGACAGCCCUCGUACGGAUAAGUCACCGGUCACGCCUCGUAUUCCAUCUUUCCCACUUUCCUGGCAGGACGCAAAACCUUUGUUGAAUGCCCUAGACGGCCAUGGUACCAAUGGGUCGGAAGUCAAUCGUACCAAUUGGGUUGGUGCUCUCAAUUCCACCUAUAGCACCGGUCCCGCCCCAGGUGCCGUCCUCUCCAUGUCGAAUGUCAUGCGAGAUGCGAUCACGCCGAUCUGGGAUGCCAUUGCAUGGAUCAACGGCACGAACAGCGAUGAGACCAUCGUAAUCGGCAAUCAUAGAGAUGCUUGGAUUGUCGGAGGGGCUGCGGACCCGAAUUCGGGCUCGGCAAUCAUGGUGGAAUUGUCCAAAGCUUUUGGUAAAUUGCUUCAAACCGGAUGGAAACCCCGACGAAACAUUGUUUUAGCAUCCUGGGACGCGGAGGAGUACGGCCUCCUCGGAUCGACCGAAUGGGUGGAAGAAUACAUUCCAUGGCUCUCAGCUACCACUGUGUCAUAUCUUAAUAUCGAUGUCGGGUGCUCCGGACCUUCCCCGGGACUUUCAGCGACCCCAGAGCUGCAUAAAGUUGCAAUUGAGACGAUGAAGAAGGUCAUCUGGCCCAAAAAUGGGGCUCUGAAUUUGACAAUGUAUGACGUUUGGUUUGAGGAGACGGAGGGUGAGGUUGGGGUCCUAGGUUCCGGAUCUGACUACACUGCUUUCCUCCACAAAGGCAUCUCUUCACUCGAUGUGGGGAGCGAUCAAGGUGCCGGAGAUCCAAUCUAUCACUAUCAUUCGAACUAUGACACCUGGCACUGGAUGACCACUUACGGUGACCCGGGAUUCCCCGUCCAUAAAGCGGUAGGACAGUAUCUGUCACUGUUGGCAUAUCACCUCGCAGAUGAUGAGGUCGUCCCAUUUGACCUUCCUAAUUACACAGUGGAAUUGAAGAAGUAUUUCGAUGCCGUCGAGAAGACCAUCUCUUCAACCAGCGGGAGCGUGGACCUCACUGAACUCACCCACGCCAUCGACGAAUUUGAGAGGCGAGCGAUUGAAAUUAAAGCACUCGAACAGAAAGCUCUGGAGGGCGAGGAUGCUGAUUUGCUCCUCGUUGUGAAUCAUAAAUACCGUGAUUUCCAAAGAGGCUUCACAAGCCAAGGAGGGUUCCCCGAACGGGAAUUCUAUCAACACGUCGCAUUUGCACCUGGCCUAGACACUGGAUAUGCUCCUGUUACUUUCCCUGGAAUCACGGAGGCCGUCGAGAUAUAUAAGGACUUCGACAUGGCACAGGAAUGGGUCACGAAGACAGCUCAAGGCAUUAUUCGGGCAGCAAAUAUAAUCAAACCUUAGGAUCAUUGGCCAGGGAAGAGCAGCUAGAGAACAGUAAUGUGUAUCGAACGCUACGGAAAAGAAAUUUUAGCGUAUGAGCUUUGUCGAAUGAAG